CAAUUGCUCCGCUCACUGGGAGGUGCUGGAAACAAGUAUGGGGUUGUUGUUAUAUUCAUCGUUUUAGUUGAUGCGGGGGAAAAAUAAUCGCAUGCCAUAGCAGAGUUGUUAAAUUAUUGGUUUGAAUUGCUUGUUAUAUCCUACUUCAAACAAAUGUCAUUGUCACUGAGUAACACAAUGGAUGUUAUUGAGACGGUUGUAACAGAGAGUAUUGAAGGAGAUGAAACUCCAACGGCGUCCAGUUUGGAUCCAGAUAAAACAAAAGCAGAGUUUAUAUGGACUUUACAAGCCACAUGGCAACUUGUCCAAACCCGCCUCGAAAUGGACCAGGAUUUUGACCAGCCAGUGUGCAAGAAAAAGAAACUGUGGGAGACAGUGGCUGAGAGAGUGACUGCCAAGCUAAGAGCAGCUGGGAGCACAGAUGUCACAGUCAAGGCCUAUGAGUGUGAUCUGAAGUGGCGUAACAUGUUGGCCACAUACAGGAAAAACGCUGAGAGGUCCAAGAGACUGGGGGCCCAGAGUGUCCACUGGGAGUUCUUCAAGGCCAUGCAUGUGGUCCUGGGGAAGAGUCGAGAGGAGAUCGAGGCACAGCGCAGGUCCAAACUCAAUGGGACCAAGCUGGGCAAGGCUAUUGCCAGCAAGCGGUUUACCCCCAUCCUUCCGACACCCUCCCUGACAGCUGCCCCCUUUGCUUCCAGGCCCCCCCAGGAUGUUCUGCAGCUGUACAUGGAGCUGCAGGAGAGGAAGAUGAACAUGUGGGCCCAGCAGAAGGCCCUGGAGGAGAGGAAGAUAGAGGCCAUCAAUAAUCUAGCCCGGGCAAUCUCCAGUUUGUCUCACAGUCAAAACAACAGUUUCCAGCUGCCAGAGUAGCAGUACAGCACACCCGAGGAAAGGAGUUAUCAUGGAACUAAAAACUUUUGGAUUUUGUGUAAUAUAUAGAAGCUUGUGCAUAGAAUGAAAGACUGCAUCAUGCAAAUGUUUCUUAAGUGUUCAACCAUUCAGCUACUUUGUGUUGUCAUGAUUUGUCAUUGUAUAUGUUUUUAUUAUGCUAUAAUAACACCAUUUGACAAAGGAGUUCACUGCAGGAAUUCCCUGUAAUACCUGUGAAUGAGAAGAAGGCUACACAGGGCAUAUUGUUCAUAGAUCUGCCAUAGGAUACAAAUAAUCCUACAUAUGUAUAAAAUACAAGAUAUUGCUGUGAUACUCUUCCUUUUUAACAUAAUUUAUAUUGUAUAUUUUAUCUCAAUACAAACACAAAGAUUAUAAAUCA